AUGGAAACGCAAAGCCGGGUAUUACAUUCCUGUCAUUUCCAGCAUUGCAAUUGGCUACGCCACCACGACGGAACAGAAUACCGUCCGGUCUCAUUUUUGUUGCCCACUUUUUGGAUUCUACGUCUUGCCGGGUCAGUUGGAGUUUUGAUGCUCUUCCCGUGCGCAUUAGGUGGGACAGGCGACUUUCUCUUGGAUGGAGGGAAGCUGGCAGGCCAGGCGGUAGCCAAUCAAUCAUUGUGCUCAUCAACCUGUCCAACAGAGAGGAUCAUAUCUCGUCCCCCGGUGGCCUCGGUGAAGUCGCCUACCGGAACAUCUGACCCACCGGCUUAA